CCAUGAUGCCUCUGUGUUUUUUGCUAUCUCGCGCCUUUGCCUCGGAGCUGUCCAUCUUACCUCUCACAGCGCUGCAGUCUCCGUCCGCCUGCGCGCAGUCUGUGUUGUUGUAGUAAAUAAUGGCGGCAUCGGGAGGCGGAUUAUCAUCUCCCGCUACUGUCGCGGGCUUGAGCACCCAGGCUCCGGCCCGGGCUCGCUUCCCAGGUCGACCGUGCUCGCUACGCAGCAGGCUGCGGUCGGACAAACGUACCCGACGCGGAAGGUUGGGCUCCGACGACGGGGAGCUGGAUGUCGAAGGGCCGAGGCCCGUAAACAUCGGGCUCGCGUUGAGCGAGGAUCCGUACCUACUGCGCCUUCUUGGGGUGACGGAGAAGUACAGGCGGCAGGGAGAUGCGGGCUUUGACUCGAGCCACAGCGAGGAGGAGGAAGAUUUCACUGGAUUUGGGACCACAACAAUUUGUCCACAAAAAACUGGCCCUGUUUCUCGGUCUUCAACUUUGAGCCAAGCAAAGUCUUCUUUCGCUUCAGACCCAAAAACAACACUGAUUGGGAAAAUUGCACCGAGGCUUCCCGAAGACGGACAGAGUCUCAAAGAAAGCCCAGGAGAAAACAAACCAUCACCCAAGGUGGUAAUUAAGCUGCAGAGUGAGCAUGCAACUCCCACUACAAAAGCCAAACAUGCAGUUGAGGAGGCGUCAGGUAGACAGAGUAGUACACGAUCAGCUGCCUUUAUCAAGAAGUCAGGAGAAACAGCCGACUCCCCAGCUGAUGGCACCAAGCACUAUAAGCUGGUGAGCACUCUGACAGCUGUCAAGGGUGCAGAAAAAACUACCAUGGUCAAAGAACAAGGUGAAGUGUCGGAGGACCAGCCCCAGCCUGCUGUAAAACGAUUUAUUCACACCAGACGCACAUCUCAAGCAGUUGCCCUGUCCUUUACGUCCUUCCACAAACGGCAAAGGAAGAGGAUCACUAAGAAUAUGGGUGCCUCUCCUGAGGCUGCAGCUGAGGCUGGUGCUCAGAGCGGUGUGGAGGCAGCGAUGCCUCUCGAGUGUAAGCCUGCACAAUCUCCUGAGAAACGAACACAUAGAAGACCACGCAAGUCUUUGUUUGGGCACAAGAGAAAACCACCAUCAAAUAGUAACCUCCCAAAAGUGCGUCGUUCUCGCACUCGGCGGGUAUUUUACGCCUAUGUUACAGAGCCUGUUCCCGCCACAAUGACGCAGGAUGACAACAAGGGUCAGAACAUCCCUCAGUCGAAGGGGGAACCCAGUUCGAUAUCGGAACAAGUUAAGCAGUGCUCAAACAACUCCACUCCUGUAACCAGUGCGCGGUCCUCCCGAGUUAUUAAAGCUCCAAGGAGGUUCUUUGAUGAGGAGAUGAUUCGCUUUCCAAAGGGUCAUGUGUCAACAUGGCUCAAGAAUCAACAGAAAGAUGAUGAGUCCAGUUGUGAUGGCAAGUCUCUAAAAUCAGACAAUUCUUUUUCUGGUUUUAACAACCCGUCUGCUGUGACAAAGUCAAAGCCCAGUCCAGGCACGAGCCACAUAGAAAUUUACAAGAAUCUGAAAAAACUGACCUUGAAACUGGCAGAGAAAAAGAGAGGCCAAAGUGACACCCAGGGGGAUUAUACACAUGAUGAGGAUGGCUUAACUUCCCAUGUCAGGAAGAGGCGGCGAUCAAAGAUCAUGAUGGAGGAAAUGGACUCACCUGGAGUCGUGAGAAAACUAGCAGUAGUGGUGAACACUCAUGAGAAUACGCCCUCUCAGGUGCCAGUGGAAGAUACUGGAAACAAAAAUCAGCCAGGAAGUAUGACAGGAGACGGUCACGAGGCAUCUGAAGUCACUGCACCCAGCUAUCGAGUUGGUCUCAGUGGAGCUAAUAAGAGGAUGCUCCACCUCCUGAAGAAAGCCAAAGUGCAGCUCAUCAAGAUUGAUCAGCAGAAGCAGCUCAAAUUGUCACAGUUGGGCUCCAAAGAGUCACAAGGCCCAGUGACUGAGAGGAGGAGGAGACUUGGUGCAUCCCCAAAAGAUACAAGUUGUCAGGAGCAGCCACUGGGUGGUCCCAGGAUCAAACAUGUCUGUCGGGCAGCAGCAGUGGCUCUGGGGCAGCCACGUGCCACGGUGCCGGAUGAUAUUCCCAGACUGAGUGCCCUGCCACUGCACGAGAGAGAGGGCAUCACCUUCUCACCAGCUACUGAAGAUGUGGCAGAUGACGACGAGGAUCAGGGCAGAGCUCAGUGGGCUGCCACGCAGGAAAACAUCCAGCAGCGGAGGAGAGGAAGAGGAAGAGGGAGAGGGAGAGGAAGGGGCCGCAAGGUCUCAAGGAAGAUUCUGAGUCGCUAUAAAUCCAAUGGAAUUCGCUCCCGUCGUUGUGGACAUUGCAAGGGCUGCUUGAUCGAGGAGGACUGCGCCAAGUGUGUCAACUGCCUGGAUAAACCUAAAUAUGGAGGGCCCAACACUAAGCGGCAGUGCUGCAUAUAUAGGAAGUGUGACCGGAUUGAGAGAGCAAAGAUGGAGCGCAUUUUCAGACCACUGAAAGUGAAAGCGAGGCAGUACUCCGGCGGCUCCAUGUCCAGCAGUGAGGAUGGGAACUGGGGAAAUGGAGCAGACGAGGGGUCGUCCUCCAUGGUGGCCGGGGUCAGGAAACAGUCCCUGCGUAACAUCACACCGCGCUCGUACAGUAACCUGCUGAAGUCCGAAUCCGAAGGAGAAGAGGAGAUGCCUGAAAAAUCGACAGCUCCUGCUAGCAACCAAGAUCCUGCGUCUCAAGAUGUAGCACCUAACGACCCUCCAUCUGAAGUGUUGAAGCACCGCCGGCUGCUCUCCAGAGGAGUGGUGAGCAGACCCAGAGCAUACAAGGAACAAGAGAACAUGGAAGUGAUGGAGGCCCGAGAAACUUUGCCUGAUACCAGCCUGCCCAGGAGCCCACUGCCGAAGCUGCAGCAGCAGCUAAAAAUUCACUUACACCGUCUGCCCGAUUUUAUCCUGCAGUCUGGUCGUGCUUUUACACGGCAGUUGCCCAAGUGUCUGGAUCAGUGUGCUGCACAGCUGCAACCAAAACAGUCCCAGCAUGUAACGCAGCCCACCAUUUCACAUUCAUCGCACUCCACAACUCAGUCCUUUCCAGAUUUGCCGCAGUUUGUUACGCACCCCGCGCCUCCGAUUUCCACACAUCCCAUAACAAACUCUCCACAGAAAUAUCUGCGGUUAUAUUUACGCCGUUUGCCCAAAUCUGUGGUUCAGUCAACCGAAUAUAGAUUAUUGCCAUCUCAACAUCACCAGACACUGGUACUGCAAUCGACUCUUAAAGAAGUUUCUACAAAGUUGUGUUUGCAGGAACAGACUGAGACACACAGAGAUGACAAAGAUAAAACUGUGCUGGUGCCGUCUCAGACUGUUGAUCCAGACACAGAGUUACAGCAGGGCAAACGAGAUGAGCUGGAGGAUGAACGAGUGGAUCGGCCCAAAGAAGAAGAAGAAGAGGAGGAGGAGGAGGAGGAGGAGGAGGACGCUUCUGUAAAAGAGACAGUGCUGAACAACUGUCAAACAACUGACACGCACUAUGUCCUUCAUUCCCAGAAUCCUGCAGAGUGUGCAUCAGCGAACACCCUGACCGGAUUAACUAAUGGAUUUCCCAAUAAAGGCCUGUUGCAGAACAAGUACAAGAUCCGUGUGGACUUUAAGGAGGACUGUGCUGUCCAGAAUGUUUGGCUAAUGGGAGGCCUCAGUGUCCUCACCUCUGUCCCGACCACACCACAUCCAGUUUGUUUGCUGUGUGCCAGUAAAGGACAACAUGAGAUGAUUUUCUGCCAGGUCUGCUGCGAACCUUUCCAUAGUUUCUGCCUCUCGCCAGAAGAGUGCCCCCAGGAGGAGAACAAGGAGAACUGGUGCUGCAGGCGCUGCAAAUUCUGUCACGUGUGUGGACGUAAAAACAAGACCACAAAGCCCGUGUUGCAGUGCAGGCGUUGCCAAACCUCCUACCAUCCUUCCUGCUUGGGACCAACAUACCCUAAACCCAUGAACUGCAAUAUUCCCUGGGUGUGCAUGACGUGCAUUCGGUGUAAAAGCUGCGGUGUGACUCCUGGUAAAACCUGGGACUUGGCCUGGAACCACGAGCAGGAUCUGUGUCCUGACUGCACGUCUCUCCACAGCAAAGGUAAUUUCUGCACUGUCUGCCACAAGUGCUAUGAUGACAGCAAACAACAUUCACAGAUGAUUCAGUGUUCAGAGUGCAGCCACUGGAUUCAUUACACAUGUGAAGGACUUUCAGAGGAGCUGUGUGGGUUGCUGUCGAGCCAAACGGAGGGUGUGCUUUUCACUUGUUCACCGUGCAGCCAGGACCAGGCUGGACACAACGGGUUGAAGGAGGAGCUGCAGAGCAGGCUGUUAGAUGGGCUGGAGGAGGUGCUCAUUGAUCUCCUCUCCAGUGAUGCCACAAAGCACCUCCACAUCUGUAAAGAAUGUCGGGAAACAAACAACUCAGGGUUUUUCAGGGAACAGCAACCAGUCUGUGAUCUACAAUUCAUGGACAAGAAGUUUCAAGGGAAUGGCUACAGCUCGAUAAAAGCUUUCCAUAUGGAUUUCAUGUCUCUGAUGAGGAAGUGUCUGACGGAGGAAGAGCUUCUCCCUGAGGAUCAGAGGCCAACUACUCAGGCCAGAGUGCACUAUGUCAAAUUGCUGGAGCGAGUUUUCACGGGGUUUCCUGCACGUAUUCUUAAAAAGUGGAACUCAUUCUCUGAAGAAUGUCCAAGUGGCAUGCUCCCUGAUGCCGUCCUCCCACCGUCUAAGGAGCAUAGCUAUGCACAGUGGCUGGAGAGGAAGCCAGGCUCUCUGUCAUUUUCACUCGCUAUGCAGCAGUGUGGUACAUCCAACAGCUUCCCUCUGCAUUUGCACGAUGUAAAAGAAAACCCUGCAUCUUCAAAGACUGAAGACAUGAGGCAGUGUGCGCUGUGCCAACAAUAUGGAGACUACGCUCCUCGUGAUGCAGGACGCCUGUUGUACUUGGGACAAAAUGAUUGGGCUCACAUCAACUGCUGCCUUUGGUCUGCUGAGGUGUAUGAGAAUAAUAAUGCUCUGUUGCAAGUGCACACUGCUGUCUCAAGAGGGCGCCACCUGCGCUGUGAUCGUUGUGGACAGUCGGGAGCCACAGUGGGCUGUUGUCUUUCCACCUGCCAGAGUAAUUUCCACUUCAUGUGCGCUCGCGCCCAGAACUGUUUGUUUCAGCAAGACAGGAAGAUGUACUGCUACAAACACAGGGAUCUUGUCAAUGCAAAGGUGGUUUCUGGGAAAGGAUUUGAAGUCCCUCGACGGGUGUUCGUAGACUUCGAGGGCAUUACGUUCAGGAGAAAGUUCCUUACAGGCCUUGAGCCAGAAACCAUAAGCAUGACCAUAGGCUCUUUGCAGAUUCAGAAACUCGGUGUGUUGUCAGAGCUGUCAUCUAAUGGUAGAACGCUGUAUCCUGUUGGUUAUCAAUGCUCUCGGUUGUACUGGAGCACCGUGGACCCCCGCAGGCGCUGUAAGUACACUUGUAAGGUGACAGAAGUGAGUACACCACUCCCUGGUGAGGAGCAAGAUCUGAGAUGGGAUCAUGGAGAGAAUCACACCAUCGUCCACAGCCCCAAACACCACCGAGAUAUGGAGUCCCCAGAUCGUUUAAGCUCCUCAUCCAGCCCAAUAAAGUCCACUACUCCAUCACCAGACUCUAAACUGCUCUAUAGCCCUGGAUCUAAAAGUCCUGGUUACACACAGACCAGGAGACCAGCAGGAGGAUCAUCUCGGCCGCUCCCAUCUCCAGGAGCUGCUCUGCCCAAAUCACAUCACAUCUUGACACUAAGGGACCUGGAGGAGACCCGCCGCCCUCGCAGGCUCUCAUCAAGAAGCCGCUGCAGUUCCUCUCCCACUGACAGCGACCCGUCUGCACCAAUGACCCUUCGCUCUGGAGGCACCAUCCACUCCAGAUGUGCUCUGUUUGGCUCUCCACCAAGAACCUCAAGCUUUGGACUAGCCUCACCUCCUCUGUCACGGCAAAACUCAACAUCACCAGUGUGGAGCUCUCCGCCCAGAUCCAACUCCAGCAUUUCUGCAGGGAUGUCACCUCGGCAAGGAGUCAUCACUCACUCCCCAAGAGGGAGACAAAACUUUAAGAUCACAGCUCCUGUCUCUGCUGAGGUUCCCCAUGACUUCUUGGCAUCGUCUGAGGCAGAGGAUGCAGCGGUGGCUACGACCAAUGGGAUCUCACUGGCGCCUGAUAACUUAGAAGAUGAAGUUGCCCACCUGAUGUCCCAGGAGCUGCCUUACAAUGUGUUUGACACUGACACAGAGGUAGCAGUGGCUUCCAUGCUCAAUACAAAGCUUGACUUUGAUGAAUCCCUGCUCACUGAGAACUUAGUACUUCACUGUGUAGCACAAGGUGGCCGAGGAGAGGUGGAAGGCGCAGCGCAGGAUGUGGAUAUUCAGGAAAACAAUCGGGAGAAUGACUCUGAAGAUGAAGACUCGAGCCAUUACAUUAAGUUUUCAAGGACAGUGGUGUGUGAUGCAGCCAGUGGCUCAGAUGCCCCUGAUCAGCUCCCUUCCGCACAGACGAUCUCACAGUUAGAUGGAGCAGACAGUGGAUCAGAGAGUAGUGAAAGUGAAGUGAGCAGUGAUGAAAGUGAUGACACUGAUGUUCAUACAGAUAAGCCUACACCUACUAAACAACUGUCAGUUGCUCUAAAGAGGCUGGAGUCAAUCUACACUGGUUCACAGUCAAACCUCCAAACCGGAACAACUCAGUCAGGGUUCCAGGAAAAUUCUGCUCUUCUUGAAUCUGACAUGUCACUUCAGGAAGAAGAAGUUCCAAUGAGAUCUCAAAAUGACGUGUUUUUACAUUCUGACACUGGCCAGUUUGUCUCUAAGGAUGGCUCUGUGGUGCAUCAUCAGCUUAACAUUCAAGAGGAUGACGUCGAUGACAGCACCUCAUCAGCUUCAGAUUCUGUGGAAGGAUUUAAAGAUGAUUUAAAUGACCCAGAUUACGCACCAGAAUUCACAAGUAAAAGAUCCCCCCCCAUACCACAGACGAAAAAACCUCCCGCAUUAAACCUCAAACACAUCACGAUACAUCCUCCUCUACCCAAGCAAACUAUAAGUAAUGUAUCCAUUUCCCCUGCUGCUGCCACUAUUUGCGCAGCUCCACGCACAGUCACAUCCCCCAUUGUGAUUAAUGGCUUAAACACUUUACCUGUGCAGGCUGGUGCCAGACAAUGCAAAACUAUUGCCAUUCGAUUGGACAAACCCAGUCCACAAAGUCAGCAGCAGUUGGUUGUUCCCAAUCAGGCUGCAGCAACUAACUCCCCUCAGGUUCCUCCCCCUGCCCCUCCCCCUCAAGUUCUGCUGGUCAACCGUCAAGGUCAGAUUCUCCUCAAAGACCCGAGAUCGAACACUUACCAGAUGCUCAAUUCAAACUCUGCGGCUUAUCACAAAAUAAGCCAGAUAGGCAAGAUUCUCCACAGCAGUGGCGUUGGGCAACGACCUACCGCUCGAGUCAUCGUUAGGCCUCGAUCCAUCCCCUCCUCCACAGUCACCCCUGCUGCCAGUAACCACACAACGCCAACUGAGAAAAAAAUCAUUAUCAGAGUGAUGCCCUUUAAAAGUGCAGGUACUUCUUCCGCCUCCGCAGCGCCUGCUUGCGUGCAGAGUAUUCCUAAACCUAUUAUCUUAAACACAGAAAGAAGCACAGCUCAGGCCAUCAUUGAGCGAGCCAUGGCUUCUCAUCGCAACUCAGAAAAGACGACACCCACCAUUCUUGGUAAACCUCGAAAUCUGAAGGCCGUACAUGAAAGAUCAUCCCAUGUUCAGGACGCAGAGAAAUCCGUUCAGUCCCCUGCCGCACAGUCGGCGUCGCCGAGUGGAUUAACGUGUGAACCCAAUGUGAAAUCUCAACCAACACCUGCCCCAUCACACUCGCAGGUGAGAGUCAAGAGAGUGUCAUCGUCAUCUGAAAGACCCUCAAGGAAGAAAUCCAAGAUGGACUUCUUGGUGGAUCCCUCAAGUGAGCUGGACGCAAGCAGAUCGAGUGGUGUGAGAAUGAAAGCUCCAACCAUGAAGGACAUUCUUGAUCUAGAUGAAAAGAAUGUGUGUGAGCCGUUGAGAAUUACUGCUCCUCCCCUUCCCAAAAGUCCAAGGCCCUCUACGGUUGAAAGUCCAUCUGCACAAAGUGAUACACACGGUACUGAGUCUAGAACACACAAGUGGGUCAGCGCUCGCCAUGGAGACCUCUCCGAAUGGGCACCUUAUUCAGGUUUCAGCUCAGAGGAAGAAGGUCAUGUGCCUAAAGCCAGGAAGAAAACCUACAUGAACCAGCCUCACCUGCGCUUUGAAAUCACCAGUGAUGACGGCUUCAGUGUUAAAGCCAACAGCAUCGAGGUCGCCUGGCGUGCAGUGAUCGACGGUGUUCUCGAAGCACGCGCGGGCUUCCACCUCAAGCAUCUGCCCCUGGGCGGGAUGACCGGGCCGCGGGUGCUCGGCGUCCUCCACGAUGCCGUCAUCUUCCUGCUGGAGCAGCUGCAGGGGGCCACACACUGCAAACGCCACCGCUUCCGCUUUCACCGCUGUGAUGGCAUCGAGGAGGAGCUUCCCCUCAACCCAAGUGGCUGCGCCCGAACUGAAAUCUACACGAGGAAAGCAACGUUUGAUAUGUUCAACUUCCUGGCGUCGCAGCACAGAAACCCCCCCGACAUAAUAGGCCCCUUCGAAGAAGAAGAGGAUGAAUUCCCACUAAAAUCUUCAAGGCGAGCCACCAGCAGUGAGCUUCCAAUGGCCAUGAGAUUCAGACACCUGGAGAAAACGUCCAAAGAGGCAGUGGGAGUUUACAGGUCUGAAAUUGACGGACGUGGACUUUACUGCAAGAGGAACAUUGACGCCGGGGAGAUGGUGAUAGAGUACGCUGGCACCGUCAUUCGCUCCGUCCUGACUGAUAAACGGGAGAAAUAUUAUGACGGCAAGGGCAUCGGCUGCUACAUGUUCCGCAUCGACGACUUUGACGUGGUGGACGCGACGAUGCAAGGCAACGCCGCACGCUUCAUCAACCACUCGUGCGAGCCCAACUGCUACUCCCGCGUCAUCAACGUGGACGGCCGCAAGCACAUCGUCAUCUUCGCCCUGAGAAAGAUCUACCGCGGCGAGGAGCUCACCUACGACUACAAGUUCCCCAUCGAGGAUGAAGACAAUAAGUUGCACUGCAACUGCGGGACGAAGCGCUGCCGCCGCUUCCUGAAUUAGUGCAGCAUCACGCACAACACAGCAGCAGUAGUCAUUUUGUUUAAACCACAAGGGGGGGAGAGGGGGGCUUUGAUGAACUGGUGAAGGCAACUGUUGUGAUGCCGCUGACACACACAGACCUGAACUACUGUAUCUUUACUCCGCUUAAUGUAUGAUCGGACCACUGACAGUCAGAAUCCACAUUGGAGCCAUAUGUCAAAACUUGGGAUGAAGAUUAUUUAUAUCAUUUUUGACUGCUGGAAAGUUGGUCUCUUUUUGCUUGGUUGUUUAUUUUUUUCUUCCAUCUACCGUUUGACCGUAUCCAUACACCGCACUCUUUUAGUCUUAGACUGUUUAAUGUAACUCAGAAGCCAGGAAGUGAUGGAUACCAGCCGCAUCCUAAAAAGAACCUGAAUACAGUUGUUGAUGCUUAAAAGAGGGAUCCAGUGCUAUGCUGCUGACAGAGUGUCUUUGUAAAGGUCUCAGAAAUGAGGGCAGUUAAUUUUGUGUGGCACUUUUAUGUUUAAGACACUCUCUGGCAGCACCGGUGUCACGGCAACCGAGAGAAAUAUAAUUUUAGAGCAAAUUUGACACAAUAAGCUGAAAGCACCUUUUUGUACAUUGUAGUGCAGCUACAUUUUAACUGGAUAACAGGGACUCCUGUAGUUGCUGUAGCUGCUGACGACAGUUCACCUAAAAGGUAGUUUUAAUAGUCACACAAACCUUUUCCAGAGUUCGCUUGAGUUGAAAUGUCUCGUUUUUAUUUGUAACAGGCAGAGAUGCUGUGAUCGUGACGCUUUUAUCCUAUGAUAACUGUCUGUUCUUCGGGUCAUUUGUGCCGUUUGUGUGUUUUAGGGUCUACGAGGGAGUUUCAGUGGUGCAGGGUUUAUAAUGAAUAUAUACUGAUCUUGCUCUGCUCAGUCCCUUAUAUAUCCUUUUGUAUUUUUGUAUAUUUGAACAAUAAAUGUAUAGCUGAUGGAAUUACA